CCAGACGUUUGCACCUUGGUCCCGGUCUCGAAAGUUCAAUGAAGCCAGACACCUCCCUCCGGCCAGGAACAUGAAGGGCUUAUCGGGAAGCCGCUCCCAACACCAGAUCCCUUUACCCCAUGGCCUUGACUAUGAUCCCUAUGUGCAUGACGUCCACCCGCACCAUGGCUCGGACUCCCGCCACACUUCCUACUUACUCAGCCCAACAGAGAGCUGCCCUAUGGACUUCCAACAUCGCUACUCACCACGGAGCUCCAUCCACUCCGACUGUAUGAUGAUGUCCCCGGUUGUGAUGCCUCCCGUCGCCGUGUCCGACCACAUCUCCAGCAGCACCUUCCCCCGAAUGCACUACAGCUCCCAGUAUUACGAUUCGGCAACAAGGGACGACUGCGUCGCCAUCACCGCCUCUGCCACCUCGCCGGCGGUUGCCGCAGCCGCAGCCGCGGCCGCCGCCUCCUCGCAUCACGGCGGCACCAAGAGCAAUCGCCUCCCUGCCAAUCUGCUGGAUCAGUUUGAGAAGCAAAUGCCACUCCACCGGGAUGGCUUCCACACGUUACAGUACCAGCGCACAUCCACCACCGCCGAACAACGCAGCGAGAGUCCUGGCCGCAUCAGACACCUUGUUCAUUCAGUCCAGAAGCUCUUCACAAAGUCCCACUCCCUGGAGGGAUCGUCAAAGAUGAAUGGCACAAAAGGCGACGUCGUCGGAGGCGGAGGAUCAGGGGGUUACCAUCAUCACGGCCAUCAGACAAACAAACACGGGAGCAAGAGGAGCAAGAGCAAAGAACGCAAGCACCGAUCUGGCGGCUGGUGGAGCUCCGAUGACAAUCUGGACAGCGAUAGCACCUACCGCACUCCCAGUGUUAUGUCACGACAGCACGGGGAACAUAUCACCCAUUGUUACCCAGAUUCCAUACACGGACACCACUUUGGAGACCUGUCACUCAAGGCCUCGAAGAGUAACAACGACGUCAAGUGCAUAGCCUGUGACAGUAUGGCAAUGGCGCCCGAAGGCAAAUUCAUGAAGAGGAGCUCCUGGUCUACGCUGACAGUUAGCCAAGCUAAGGAGGCUUAUCGAAAGUCAUCGCUCAACCUCGAGAAAACCAUGAUGCACACAGACCUGAAGCCUUCACGGACCUGUCACUAUCUACAGGUUCCUCAAGAUGAGUGGGGAGGAUACCCUGGGGAGAAGGAUGAUGAGAUCCCAUGUCGGCGGAUGAGGAGCAGUAGCUACGUCAAAGCAAUGGGAGAGGUGGAUGAUGAUAGCGGCGAUUCUGAAAGCCCCAAGACCUCCCCACAGAAAUGCGUUCGGCCGGAUGCUCUGGUCCUCAAGUCAGCCAUGCAGAGACCCCAUUUCGACACCCAUAGCCGGGGCUACCGCUUGCAAACCAUGAGAGACAUGCGGGCCCACCCGAGUGUUACGUUGGAUCCCGCCACCACCUUUCAUCCGCCGCCCUUCCGCUCUCGCAACCAGAGUUACAUGCGCGCUGUCAGCACCCUCAGUCAGGCUAGCUGCGUCAGCCAGGUGAGUGAGACUGAGAUCAAUGGCCAGUUUGAGUCAGUUUGCGAGUCCGUUUUUAGUGAAGUAGAAUCCCAGGCUAUGGAGGCCUUGGACCUGCCGGGUUCGUUCCGCACUCGAAGCCACAGUUACCUCCGUGCAAUACAGGCUGGUUAUUCCCAAGAUGACGACUGCUUGCCUUCAAUGACAUCCUCCACUGUCACUUCAACUCUCAGAUCCACAACAGGCGCCCGUAGCUUAGCUGGGGGGCGUAGAGAGUACGGUAGGUCCGGCAUUCAGUUUCGUCUCCCUACUUCAUGCAGUGUGGACCGCGCUCAGCCACCACCAGCGGUGUCAUAUCCUCCUAGUUACAAGAAGACCCCACCUCCUGUGCCCCCGCGCGCCACCACCAAGCCUCUUAUCUCUGUGACAGCCCAGAGCAGCACCGAGUCCACCCAAGAUGCCUACCAGGAGGGGAGGCAACCGCGAGGCGGUCUGUGGGCCACCGACAGCCUCGGACGUCCCAUCUACAGCUCCAUGGACAGUCUGGACAGCUCCAAAGCGGUCACGAUGGCCAUGGAGUCCGCGGCGCCCAAGAGGCACGCGUCUUUGGGUAGCCACAGCUCCAUCCAGACAUGCGACAAAGCCGUGUUGGUAUCCAAGGCGGAAGAGUACCUCAAAACCCCGAGAUCCUCUAUCGGGAUACAGGUGGAAACUGUGACAGACUCAGAGACUGAGAGCAAAGGCCUUCCUCAGUUUCACUCGAUAGGUAUCCAGGUGGAGGAUCACAAAAGGCGUGGGCGGGUCAAGCGCUCCAACAGUGUUACCACUGCAGUGCAAGCCGACAUGGAGCUGGAGGGCUUCCCCUCCAUGGAAGACAAAGGUCUGCAGUUCGGUGGCGCUUUCGGUCGCCACUCUGAGCCAAGCACGCCCACGCAGUACGGAGCCAUCCGGACGGUGCGCACACAGGGCCUGUUUAGCUACAGGGAGGACUACCGAGUCUCCAGUGGGCCCCCCAGCCCACAGCCUGAACCCUGGCUGGCUGAACCCAGCCUGGAGGCCAGCGAGACGGGUCGAGUGUCUCCUCUUCGCAGGGACGGAGGCUGGUUCAUGCAGCUUCUUCAUAAUGAAUCCAAAAGGAUGGAGGAAUGGUGUAAAGAGAUGGAGAGGGAGGCCGAGGAGCAUGAUCUGUCGGAGGAGAUCCUAGGUAAAAUCCGGAGUGCGGUGGGAAGUGCCCAGCUGCUCAUGUCCCAAAAGUUUCAGCAGUUUUACUGGCUUUGUCAGCAAAAUCUGGACCCAAGCGCCAUGCCCAGACCCACAUCUCAGGAUCUGGCCGGAUUCUGGGACCUCUUGCAGCUUUCCAUUGAAGACGUCACUGCCAAAUUCGAAGAGCUGCAGCAGAUCAAGAACAACCAGUGGCAGCUGGUGGAGAGUCCUGAGAAGAAGGAUCGAAAGUGGAUUCCUCCUCUGACCAAGAGGCCCUCCAGGGGCCGUGGUGGCGUGAUGCGGGAGCGAUCCCUGGACCUCCAGGACCGCCAGCGUCAGGAAGCCCGUAGACGGCUCAUGGCCGCCAAGCGUGCGGCGUCGUUCAGACAGAACUCGGCCACCGAGCGGGCUGACAGCAUCGAGAUCUACAUCCCGGAAGCUCAGACGAGGCUUUGAGGUCCACGGAUUCAUCCUUGGUCACCAUUGUUGUGUUUCCCAUCCAACACCAGCUCUCGGCAUCACAUCUAUCUUCCAUCACUCAUUUAAAGAUGUAUUGCCAUUUACUAUAGCCUUUAUUUCAAAAUGCAGUCUACAAAUCAACUCUGCAAAUUAUGAGGGGUGCGGUGCUUGAAGCAAGCUCAAACAACCUUUUUCCCCUUCAGUUAUUAUGAGUUGAUCAAGAGCCUUGUAGGUGAGCUGCUAUUGCCCCAAAUCAACACUCGAUUUAUAUAUUUUGUUGCCCAUUGUAAAUUAAGUAAUAAUUUGGUAGGAGUCAAGUCCUUAAAAUAAUCCCAGUUGAGAAUUCCACAUUGCCAUUUCCACCUUCAUCCAUUUGACUCAUGGAACUGAUUUUUCUUGUCUGCUGCCGGUUGCGUUCACAGUGCAGAACAACAGGAAGAGGAGAGUACGGAACAAAGCAUUUUUGCGCCUUACGAUAUUCAUGUUUGUAUUUCCAAGGGAAAUGUAGUUUAUGAAGCUCACAUGAUAAUGUUGCAGUUGAAUUGCAAAGGACAGUUUUUUUUUUUUGGUUCUUUUUUUUUCAUGCCAUUCUGCAUGAUUCAUUCGGAUAUUCUGAUAAGUAUACUUACAUUGGAAUCUGCAUUUAGUAGUGACAGGACCGUUGGUUGUUUUAACAGAUCAUUUGCAUCGGUUGACAUUAGGGCAUGCGUCUACGCUGCAGCAUUUAGCUCGGAUUUCACACACACACACACAAAAAAAAAAAAACGCCAUUUAGUCAACAAAAGAGAGGCGCAAAUGACACUUUAACACUGGUCAGUUACUAUAGUAAAUGGUGCUGCUUUUUACUCUCCAAA